AUGGAGCCCCCCAUGGAGUUUGACAUAGAGAGCGAUUGGAAGCCUAUGGAACGUAACUGGGAUUUGAUACAUGUCCGAACGCUCUUUGGGGCUGUUCGUUGUUGGGAAGACAUACACUUAAAACCGAAUGUCGGAUAUUUAGAGCAGGUAGAAAUAGAUUGGGAACCACGAUUCAAGGGCGGCAAUAUUCCGUACAAAUGCGCCCUUGUCGACUGGACUGACAAGUUGCUGCGCGCCAUGGAUCGGCACGGUCGUUCGAUGAGAGUGGAACCAGAGCGAACGAGAAGACAACUCAGAACUGCUGGAUUUUCAGAUAUCCACGAUUGCUCAAUCAGGGUCGGCUUCACUCCUUGGUCGGAAGACCGUCACGAGAGAGACGUAGCAUUAUGGUUUGGGGCUGGUUUUAGUCGCGCCAUUAAAGCCCUGUCCUACGGCCCUAUGAGCUUGUAUCUUACCAUGUCUAUCAAGGACAUCGACCUGCUUUGCGAAGCCGUUCUCGACGACUUACGCACUGCACGAUACAAAGCCUAUUGCAGAAUCAAGGCACUCUUAAUCACGAACCGUCUGGAGGCGGAUCAUACCAGCUUCUUCGUUGGCGCGGACCGCCUCAUUCCUCCCCCCCUCAAAACUCCCGUACAUGGCCAACCUCCCAUGCUGAACUGUUAG